ACAAGGAUUUGGGUAGGAGUAGAUCCGAACCCAAAAGAAAAGUCCGGAUCAACUGAAAGGUCAUGGACAAGAGAAGCAGAGACGCGAAAUUGGCUGCAGCCGCCCAACCACCACAGACUAGACCCUCUUCUUCCACUAGACCACUCCAGCCGCCUCCUCCUCCUCCUCCUCUUCAGUCCAGGGCUCCACCGCCACUUCCUACUCGCCCUCGCUUCGAACCCGUCGAUCGUGAAAAGACUUGUCCUCUGUUGCUUCGAGUUUUCACUAAGAUUGGAGGUCAUCAUAAUGAGGAAGAUUUUGCAGUGAGAGGCAAGGAACCCAAAGAUGAGGUUCAAAUUUAUACCUGGAAAGAUGCAACACUCCGUGAAUUAACUGAUCUUGUUAAAGAGGUUGCUCCUGAGGCUAGGAGAAGAAAUGCCAAACUGUCUUUUGCUUUUGUAUAUCCUGAUCAACGUGGUCGUUUUGUGUUGAGAACGGUGGGGAUGACACAUUCUUAUGGAAACAGCAGACGGGUGGAGGACAGCAAGUCAUUGGGUGAACUUAGCUUCCAGAUUGGAGAUUACUUGGAUGUGGCAAUCUUGUAGAGGAAAAGGUUGUUAAUGGAUGAAGUGUCUAUGGAGUUGUUCUAUGACUAACUUUAGAGGUGCUGUUAUGCAUUAGUUUUAUUUAUCUCCUGUCACAGAAUAUGUGUUCCAAGCUUUUAAAUGCUUUAACUUUACUUGGAUGCCUUGUGGGUUUUGCAAGCAGUUUAUGUAUCUGCAGACGAUUUGACCGAUCCUCUCCUGCCACAAUGUCUGUUAAGAGUGUGGUUAACCUAUAAUAUUUUUUAAUCAUA